CCGGCGGGGCUCGCAGCGCGCCCCGCGUCCCAUGGAUAUAGCAACAGGUCCCGAAUCGCUGGAGAGGUGCUUCCCCCGCGGGCAGACGGACUGCGCUAAGAUGUUGGACGGCAUCAAGAUGGAGGAGCACGCCCUGCGCCCCGGGCCCGCCACUCUAGGGGUGCUGCUGGGCUCCGACUGCCCGCAUCCCGCCGUCUGCGAGGGCUGCCAGCGGCCCAUCUCCGACCGCUUCCUGAUGCGAGUCAACGAGUCGUCCUGGCACGAGGAGUGUUUGCAGUGCGCGGCGUGUCAGCAAGCCCUCACCACCAGCUGCUACUUCCGGGAUCGGAAACUGUACUGCAAACAAGACUACCAACAGCUCUUCGCGGCCAAGUGCAGCGGCUGCAUGGAGAAGAUCGCCCCCACUGAGUUUGUGAUGCGGGCGCUGGAGUGCGUGUACCACCUGGGCUGCUUCUGCUGCUGCGUGUGUGAGCGGCAGCUACGCAAGGGCGACGAGUUUGUGCUCAAGGAGGGCCAGCUACUGUGCAAAGGUGACUACGAGAAGGAGAAGGACCUGCUCAGCUCCGUGAGCCCCGACGAGUCCGACUCCGUGAAGAGCGAGGACGAAGAUGGGGACAUGAAGCCGGCCAAGGGACAGGGCAGCCAGAGUAAGGGCAGUGGGGACGACGGGAAGGACCCGCGGAGGCCCAAACGACCCCGGACCAUCCUCACGACGCAGCAGCGAAGAGCCUUCAAGGCCUCCUUCGAGGUCUCCUCCAAGCCCUGCCGGAAGGUCCGAGAGACGCUGGCGGCAGAGACGGGCCUCAGCGUGCGUGUGGUCCAGGUCUGGUUUCAGAACCAAAGAGCAAAGAUGAAGAAGCUGGCACGGCGGCACCAGCAGCAACAGGAGCAGCAGAACUCGCAGCGGCUGGGCCAAGAGGUCCUGUCGAGUCGCAUGGAGGGCAUGAUGGCCUCCUACACGCCGCUGGCCCCGCCGCAGCAGCAGAUCGUGGCCAUGGAGCAGAGCCCCUACGGCAGCAGCGACCCCUUCCAGCAGGGCCUCACGCCGCCCCAAAUGCCAGGUGACCACAUGAACCCCUAUGGGAACGACUCCAUCUUCCACGACAUCGACAGUGAUACCUCCUUAACCAGCCUCAGCGACUGCUUCCUCGGCUCCUCGGAUGUGGGCUCCCUGCAGGCCCGCGUGGGGAACCCCAUCGACAGGCUCUACUCCAUGCAGAGUUCCUACUUCGCCUCCUGAGAGCCAGCUGGGCCGCACGGACGCUUGGGCAAGGGCCCUGGGGUGGGACUGCAGGCCGCAGAGGCUGCCCUGCCACCCGCACAGACUCUACAGACAGCCAUACGGUGCCCUCCCCUCGGCCAACUGGGCCUGGCUAAAGUGCCCACUGGGCACAGCCAGACAGGCAGACGGGCACAGCCUGGGCAGGGGCUGUGUCCUGCCCACAGAGACUGUCACCCCCAGGGACCCAGAGCUCUCGGACAGCCACUCAUCUCCCAGCCCCACCUCGGCCUCCAUCACCUCCUUCCCCCUCCCCAUCUCUUUUAUGGGAAGCUUAAAUUCUCUCUAUUUUUUUAAAUGUCCUCUCUCUGUCCAGGCCACCUCCAUGGCAUGGGCCUAGGUCGAGGCAGGGCCCCCGUGCAUGCCCCCAGACAAUGGUGGGUGUGAGAUGUGUGUGUACCUGUGCCCUGCACUGUGCCCACCUCCCCCGCCUCUGAGGGCAGGCCCGCCAGCCUAGGAUCACCCCUUCCAGCUGGAGCCUGGAGAAGAAGUAGGGAAGAGCCUGGCAGGUGGGCCAAGCCCACCACAGCUCUGCCCUGAGGGGCAAUCCUGGCGGGACCAGGGACGGGUAGGUUGAGCCCAGGCUGACUCAAAGGGAUGGAGACAUACAUGCAAACGCACACACUUAAAGGCACACCCAUGCGGAAACGCACAAAGAUUCAUAGAUGUGCUGAAAGAGACAGACAGGCCUCUGCGGGUCAGCCCCGCCCUGCCCUGUUAGGAAGCGGGAAGCAGCCAGACAGGGGCAGGGAGCUCCUCUGAUAGCAAUAGGAGGGGAGGAAGGAAGUGAGGAGGAUAAG